AUGGUGCAGAGGAUACUCUUACUUUGUAUGCUGAGCAUAACGGCGAAAGCUCUAGCCAGCAGUGAUGACAGGUUUAUUAAGAAAUAUGCGAUGAUGAAGAUAUACGAAAGUUGUUUCGGCCCAGAAGUUGUGAAACAGAUUCGUAAAGAAAUGAAAGAUGCCUACACCAAGUGCUCAUCACCGCCAUCUUUCGAGGAACCGCCGAACCAACACAGCAUUCCACCUUUUUUGAUAGGAAAAUUACCACCCGGUUUCGCGAUGGACCCGAGCACGCAAACCAUUACUAAGCCGGCAGAUGGCGCUGUACACAACCACGAAAAUGACUUACCACAUGAUCAAAUUCAACCACACAAGGUGGAAUCAUUAGGAAAUAUUUUACCUUUCAGACAAAGGCAACCUACGUUCCAACCCCAAUCACCCUACAUGUUGCCCGGGCAGUUCCGUCCGUUUCCACAGCCCUACUACCAGUUCCCGUACAACCCCAUGUUCUACGCACCUGGAAUGUACAACCCUUACGCGUAUCAGCAGCAGCAACAGCAAUUCCCGCAAGGACUGUAUCAGCAACCGUACUUCAUGAACAACAGAGUUUCGAGAGAUUUAGACCUCCGAGAUCGUCUGGAGCUAGUGUCCCGUGGUCCGAAUGCUGGUCGCGUCCGCAACAUAACGUGUGUGAUGCAGGAGCUCGGCUACAUCGACCACAAUCUCGAACCCAACUACGAGCAGAUCACUCAACGCAUCUCCAACCUGCCCGUCUCUAGCGAGCUGAAGGGAGACAUACAGGAUGGUCUUCAGUUCUGCGAAAAGUUCUCGCAAUGUGUGCCAGAAAUCAAGCGGGAUGUAUCACCCUUGUCUCAAGAACUCAUCAAACCCAUGUUCUUCUUCCGUUGUUACAAGCACAAGAAGUUGGAAGCCUGCAUCAUGAAAGACAUCAGAGAACGUUUCACCAGCGAAGAUGAGUUGGAUACCGAAGGAGAGUCUCCUCUAUCCAGGUCUGCAAGGUCCAUACGAGAGGAGCCGCUGAACGACCCAAGACUUGAGGCUCUCGAUGAAAUGGCAGUGUACUUUUACGACUACCUCAGCGGCGGAAACGGACUGGACUAUGAUUUAUAUCUUUAA